GAAAUCCCAUAAACUAUAUACUGAAUACUCCAUUCUACUUUUUAUAUCUUACAUCCCACAUCCUGCAUCUCCAGAAAGCAGAAGCUCGAGUAUCUAUCUAUCAUCCUUGAAUUUUGGAUUUUGCGCUUUGAAUCGGUUGAUACUUACAUAUCUAUCUAAUCAGGAACGAGGUGCAUAUAAGAUUGUGAGUUACAAUACAAUUAAUUGGUGAGAAGAUUGGAAGGGAGUCAUUCGGUCAGUCAGUCAGUCAGUCAGCCCAUCUCCAUCGAUAUCACGAGGAUUCUUACGGAAGUUCGAGAUACAGCAUCGAGACGAAACGUACGUCUCAACGUUCGAAGUGAGGCUGAGACGGAUUAUCAUAUCGCUAUUACUAUCACCAUGUCGUCUACCACCACCAAAACCAAAAAUAUACUUAUCCUCGGCGCUGGGAUUUCAGGUCUACAAACUGCGCUUUCGCUGCUUACCUCCUCCGGAUAUAAUGAAAAUAAUCAACCCCCCCAAUACAAAAUCACACUCCUAGCGAAAUACCUCCCCGGUGACAAGAAUGAACAUUAUUGUUCCCCAUGGGCAGGAGCAGAUUGGCGAAGCCAUGCUUCGAAGCCUUCUCUUGCAGCGGGUGGCGAGGAAGUAGAUACAGAUAAAGAUAGGAGACUCAGAAAAUGGGAAGGAAAAACUUAUCGAGCGUGGAAGAGUUCGAUUGGAGAGGAUGGGAAAGAAGGAGAAGGAAAAGGAAAGGAGAUGGGAAUGGCGAUUACGCCUUCGAUUUAUUAUCUAGGGUCUACGUACCACGGUGCGGAAAUCGACGAGAGUGGCGUGUGGUUUGAGGAUGUGGUGGGGGGGUAUAGAGAAUUGGAUGUUUUGGAGCCGGAAAAUAAGUUGGAGGGGAUCCUGGGGGUGGGAGUCAGGAAAGCGGUGCACUUCGAAACGGUGUGUGUGGAUGUAGAUGUUUAUUUGGGGUAUUUGGUUCGCAGGGUAGAGGAGCUGGGGGGGAGGAUUAUACGUGGAGAAAUCGGGACGGGGGAGGGAUUAGAAGGUGUGGUGCGUGGGUGUAGGGAUGUGCUUGGGGGUGAGGGGUUGGAUGUGUUGGUUAAUUGUGCGGGACUUUCUGCGGCGAAGUUUGUGGAGGAGAAGGAGGCGGAAAAGUUGUUUCCGAUUAGGGGGCAGGUCUUACUGGUUAAGGGGGAAGCGAAGAUUUGUAAGACUUUCGUGGGCGAUUUGGGGGAGAAGGGCGAUGAGUUGCUCUAUGUGAUUCCGAGACCGGGGAGUGGGAAGAGUGUGGUUGGGGGGGUUAAGGAGGCAAACACCUGGAACUCCAACCCAGACUACGAAUUAUCCCAAAGAAUCAUCCACCGAUUAAAAGAUAUAGGAUGGGCGGAAGGUUUGGUGAAUUCAAACGGGGAGAUAGAGGUGCUAGAUACGUAUGUGGGAUUCCGACCGGGGAGGAAAGGUGGUGCGAGAGUUGAGAUUGAGGGGAUGGACGUGGAAGAAAAUAGUGGGGGAGAGGGAGGAAAAGCAAAAAAAAUCGAGGGUGUCUAUGUUGUUCAUAAUUACGGCCAUGCGAGUGGAGGGUAUCAAAGUAGUAUUGGGUGUGCGGAGGAAGUGGUUGAGUUGAUUCGGGGCUUGGAAUGAUGUGAUUAUUCUAUUUUGCUGGGAGGGGAGAGGAGAGGAGAGGAGAGUCGAAAUUUUUGUCAGGGAGAUUGUGUAUAUGGAUGUGAGAAUGAUAAAAGGAUACGGAGAUGGAACUCGAGAUUGGGAUACGGAGAUUCGUUUGGCGAUUCCAUCUGUAGGUAUGAGAAUCGAUCGCUAGGGGUUAACGAGGUUAGGGUGUAGUAUCA